UUUUAUGUGUUGUUGUCUUUACCACAAUCUUAAUUCUCAAACUUCGUAAAGCAUCUGUCUGGCAAUCUUUGUCCAAAAGAGACAAAGAAACAUUAUCAAUGGUGGCUCUAAUUGCUAUUAUAUUAAUUAUAUGUUAUACACCUUCUGCAGUAUUAUGUGUGUUAACUGUCAUUGAACCAGAGUUUAGUGUUGGAGGCAAAUAUUUCCAGACUUACCAGCUUUUUUGGACGUUUGCCGUUGUGUUUGAAAAUGUCAACUCAAGUGUGAAUAUUUUCUUGUAUCUAAAGAUGAGCUCAAAAUAUAGAUCUACAUUUAGAUCUCUCUUCAGGUUGUAG